GCUCCUCCGAUGCAGGCCAUUAAGUGUGUGGUUGUGGGUGACGGGGCUGUGGGUAAAACAUGCCUACUGAUCAGCUACACUACCAAUGCUUUCCCCGGAGAGUACAUCCCCACUGUCUUCGACAACUAUUCAGCCAAUGUGAUGGUAGAUGGCAAACCGGUGAAUCUAGGCCUCUGGGAUACGGCAGGACAGGAGGACUAUGACCGACUCAGGCCGCUGUCCUACCCGCAGACGGAUGUCUUCCUGAUUUGCUUCUCACUAGUUAGUCCUGCCUCUUUUGAAAAUGUCCGCGCUAAAUGGUACCCAGAGGUGCGACAUCAUUGCCCCAACACCCCUAUCAUCCUGGUGGGCACCAAGCUCGACUUGAGGGACGACAAGGACACCAUUGACAAGCUCAAGGAGAAGAAACUCGCGCCCAUUAUCUACCCACAAGGCUUGGCCAUGGCCAAAGAAAUAAGUGCCGUAAAGUAUCUGGAGUGUUCCGCUUUGACACAGCGCGGCCUUAAAACGGUGUUCGACGAAGCCAUCCGAGCGGUCCUGUGCCCACCGCCCGUUAAGAAGAGGAGGAGGAAGUGCCGAAUUUUGUAAAAGAAGGAAGCUUUGCUGCUUUCCUGAUGAUUCUUUUUAUUUCUUCUAUCAACGCUCUUGUUAGAGGCCCUUGUUAAACAAAAAAACUUUAAUUUUUAGUUUGAUCAAGAGCAUGGCUGCUUUAGUAAGUCCACUUUUUAAUAUUUAAUGUCAGGAUUCUGAAAUAAAGACCGAAGAUUUUUUCACAAAACAACACAUUUUUAUGUAGACAUUUUUACAUAAUAUAGAAAUUCCUGAGGCCUUCAUAACAUUGUUUUAGUCACAGACAUAUAUCCAGUUAAAUUAAUUCAUGGAAAUAAGUUAAGUUGAAGUGACUUGUGUAAUAACAGCUGCUACUGGUUUUGACGCUUGACUCAACAGUCUAGAUGAAGGUCGUUCAGUAUUUAAACGCUAAUUGUCGAAGGCUAUUAGUUGAAUUUCUUAUUUGAUUUUCCCGUAUUAACACAGUCAAAGCUUUUUAACUCGAUGGACGGCCAACUGCAUGAGUGUCUGGGAGUGAGCUGUGGUCGACAGCAGUUUCUGCCUGUCUUACAACGUCAUCGUCAACUGUAAACUUGAAGUUUUAUUUUUUUCUUUACGAGCAAUGAUCAAGUCAACUUCUGGACUCAUUUUGUUUCAGCAGAGCAGCAAAAGUGGAUUUAAAGUUUUGCCUAAUAUGGUAUAAUUUCACCUUUUGUAAGUAAAUAAAGUCAUGAAAAGUGCUAGUUUGGAGAAGUGACUUCAUGUUUGGUUCAAGGGCGUAGGUUUGCAUAGGGACUGUAGGGACAUGACAAUGCCAACCUUAUUUGCAUUAUAUAAUGAGCUCAGUGAUAUAGGUAAUUUAGAUUGUCUUUCCAUAUGUUGUAUGGAUAGAAUUGGCCCUAUCAUUAUUAAGUGAAUUCUCAUGUUCAGACUUAAAUUUUCCCCUUUUUACUUGCUUAAUGUGCUAGUCCAUUUUUUUCCCCUCCCCUUCAAACGCACGUUUGAUUGGCUGAUGACUAGACUGCCCCCCCCCAACAGACAUGCACACUCACAAAACCUUGACAGAAAUGCAUGUCAUGCAUGCCCCCUCCUACGCCCCCUUCAAAGGCUGAUAUUGGAAGUCUUUUUCGGCCAGCAGCAGCAGCCACCCACUGUAAGUAAUGUAAAAAGACAUCAAUGUUGUGGAGGUGGGGAACACACCAUUAAUUUUGCUGCUGAAAGUUCGACCUGCAUAAGAUUAAACUUUGAACUUGCUUACCAGCAAAACUCGAGUACACUGCGAAAACACACCUCUUUAAAACUAAUUAAAUUCCAUUGUCUUUGUUGUAAUUCUAAUAGAAAUAAGUGAAAUUAUCUGCCAGUGCUUCAAGUAAGUU